AUGGACGGACUCCCAGUGCUUCGAGCCGCUGCGGCUGUGUCGUCCUUGAGCGCCUGCCCGGAGCUCGGCCUUGUUGUGGUCGGCGACACAUCCGGCACCGCCACUUUGGUCGACCUUGCCAGCGGCGCGGUGCGGCGCAAGCUAAGCUCCGAAGAUCCCAUCCUGUCAGUGGCCACGGCCGCGCCGCUGCGCGCAGUGCUUGGGGCUGGGGGCCGUGCCGUGCGCGAGAGCUCGACGGUGGCAGUUUGGGAUGCAGACACCGGUGAGAUGCGGGCGGAGAUGAAGUACAAGAAACUCGUCACCUGCCUGAUCUUCGUCCCGGAGCUGCGCGCUGCAAUCACGGGCGAUGGAGCCUUUAGCCAAGAGAAGCCGCAGGGCCGCAUCGUCCUCUGGAACCCGGACAGCCUGGAGCAGCACUUGAAGCUGAACUGCGCCAGUACUGUGACCUCAGUGGCCUGGAGUGGAGCAGACAAGGUGCUCAUAUCAGCGGAUCGCAGCCACUGCAUCUGCUUGUGGCAGCCCGAAAGCGGGGCCAAGCUGCAAGAGAUUCGCACAGAUGCCGCGUACGUAGCGUGGCUGAUCGCGGUGCCGCCGGGCGAAGAGCGCUCGACCUUCGCGUACAGCCUUUGCGGCUUCAAGGAGAACAUCGGGCGCCUUUGCCUUCACCGCGGUGGCAGCGAGCAGUCUGGUGACUUUGACCACCCGGUGCUUUCGGCAGUUUUCCUUCCGGAAUCGCCAGUCGUCGCAUGUGGCCUCCGAAAUGGAGAUAUCCUCUGUUGGGACUUGGAAGCCCGGCGGUCGCGGAGUCGCUCUGUGAAAAUGCAGAGUGCCGUGAACUGCCUUGCACUGAACUUGGUGCGAGGGGAGCUCGUCGCAGGUGACAAGACCGGGGCAGUUUGCUCCUGGCCGAUCGCCUACCUGCUUUCGGAUUGA